CGGGCUGUCACUUGGGUCACAGCACAUCACUCUGGAACCCGUUAACUUCUCCAUUUAUUUAUGGAACCCGAGCGGGUAUAAGUAUAAUCGAUUUAGAGCAAACGUUAAUUUAUUUACGUCGUGCAUGUAAAGUUACUCGUGAAAUAUCAUUUCGCGGUGGAAUCAUUUUGUUUAUUGGUACUAGACCUGGGAUAUUUAGUAAAGUGACAAUUGAGGCGGCAAAACGCGCCGAAGCGUAUCAGGUUUCGAAACGGUGGAUUCCCGGUACAAUCACAAAUUCGUCUCAGGUUCUCAGAAAAAUGUUGCUCGAGGAACAAGAAACGAGGAUGACAUUGAAUCGAGAUUCGAAACAGCAACAACAGGAGGUUCUAAAAGCAUUCAAACCCGAUUUAAUGAUUAUCUUGAAUCCUAUCGAGAAUCAGAUUGCCAUCGCUGAAGCACAUUCUGCUAAUAUACCUACAAUCGGGAUUGUGGACAGCGAUUUUGAUCCAGGACGUGUUAGUUAUCCGAUACCUGCAAAUGAUGAUAGUGUCAGAAGUGUGGAUCUGAUUGCAGGUGUAUUAAGUGUUGCCGCAAAAGACGGGCUUAAUCAUCGACGAAAGAUCGAGGGUGAUAUUGAGCAAAAGAAACAGCAAGAAAUUAAGCAGAAAGGAGUUGGAAAUUGGAACAAGUUACUUUAUCAAAAAGUUUAA